UUUCACAACUGUGAUCGUCCCUCCUACCCCGUUUUUUUUGUGUGUGUGUGUUUGCGGACACGAGUCUCGUUUUGACCUAUGCAAGAAAACAGGACAAAAGCCAACUUGAAGUGUUCUUUCGGUACUCAUUACACCACUAGUAUUCGCUUUAAGGUUUGGCGUGUUUCAAGGGGAUGGACGCGUUGUCGGUGGUGAGUCAGCUGCGGGAUUUGGCCUCGGAACCCCAGAACCGAGAGGCCAUUGUGCAGGACCAAGGAUGCCUACCCGGGCUGGUCCUCUUUCUGGACCACCAGAGCCCCGAUGUUCUGCUUGCCACUCUCCAGACCCUCCGCUACUUGGCAGAGUUGUCCCCAAACAUUCCUACCAUGAAGAACGAGCUGGGGAUGAUGGUGAGCCUGGAGAACCUUGUGACGAGGGACGAGCUGUGUGUGGACAUCACGAAUUUGGCGAAGGAGGUCUAUGGAAUUCUCGUGGCGCCUCCUCUUCCUGUCCAUCGCACACCUGAGAGGCAGAGGACAAAAAAGUCACAGUUCUUCCUCAACUCAUCAAACAAGAAGGCCAAGUGUGUCACCUUGCAUAUCCAGGGCCUGGACAGCGUUGACCAGCGGGGCUUGUGCGAGGAGGCUCUGCUCAAAGUGCGAGGAGUGAUCAGCUUCACUUUCCAAAUGGCUUCCAAAAGAUGCACCGUCCGCAUUCGCUCCGAUUUGCCCACCGAGAGUCUGGCCUCAGCCAUCGCCGCAACCAAAGUGCUGUCUGCCCAACAGGUGGUGAAGAACGAGGCAGGAGAUGAGGUCUUCAUCCCACUGAGCGCCUCGGGAGCGGUGGCGCCGCGCGACUCGGCUCUCCCGGACUACCUCCCCGAGGAUGAGAAGCCGGAGGAGGCGGCGGCGGACCGUGCCGUAUCGCGCACCGCCGCCAAGGACGACGCCAGCGGCAGCUGGCUCAACGCCGCCGCCGGUUUCCUCACCCGGACCUUCUACUGGUGACGGGGGGGGGGGGGGGGACUCGACCUCGCCCAUUCCCUGUGAACAGCUCCAAACGUGUGCGCACGUUAGUUGACAUUUUCAUUUUUUCCAAGGGUGUGAAAACCGUGCACUUGGUUCAUGUAAAUAUUUUGUUUUCAUAUUUGACAUUUUUUAAUCAUUCAAGCUUCUCGGUGGGUGUAUCAAUCCACUUGAGUCAUAGAUGCCGGAUUUACUGCAGUUGAGUAAAUGCGCCUUUUGCUAAUGUGUGAAGAAAUGAGGUAACAAAAAAGUUAUAAAACAAGCAGCAACCAGAUAAGGUAACAUGUCAAGGAAAUUUAUUUUCAAACAACAAUACAGCUCUUUUCUUUACUCAGGUAAUUCGUAGGAAAAUAUAGUGACUGUUCUGUAUACAAUGGCUAUUCUGCAAUAAUUUAGUCUGUGCGGGUUUCUGUUAAAGACAUUUGUGAGCUCCAAUCAUCAUCGGCGUCCUCGUUAGCAGUCCUGCAUGAGACGCAAGUCUGAGUGCAAAGGUUAUUUCCCGACCAUCUUCUUACUUUUAAACACGGUAAGGCGUCCGAAAACAACGAUCAGCACGUAUUCCAAAAGAUUCCCUCCGGAUCAAAGGAAUGAGAUUUACUGCAAAAUUAAACAUCCCGCGAGCUCGG